UUGGAGGGGGGAUCGAAGAGCGGAGUCAAAGUAGUGGUAGGAGUGGGAAGGAGUGGCCCUCCGCCGUCUCCUCGCCCCCCCCAAAUCUAGGGUUUUAGGUGCAGGGGUUGCGUCCUAUCCGCUCCAAGUCCCUCCAAGAUCGCUCCUUUGUGGCUUGAUUCGUCUCGAUUCGUGGCGGGUUCGUGCUUCCUCGGAGGCCGACUUGUUUUUUUUGGGCCUCGAUCUCCCUCCUUCGGAAGCCGACGGGUGCUGUUUGGACGCUUCCGUCCUGUGUGUACCGGUAGGGAUCGAAGGGUUGUCGUUCUCGGUUAAGGGUUGCCCUUGCUUUGUGUUUGUUGGGAGAUUCGCUUUUCUUGCUCCGAGAGGUUGGUGCGGAAAGGGGAUUCUUCGUUUCCGGUCCCGUGGAAGCAUUCUAGGUUUGUAAAGUUGAGAUCUUGGGGGGUUUUUUUUUCUCCUUUGGGGCUGCUCUGUGGCGGUGGAGGAGAGGAUGGCGACGGUGGAUGGGGUGUAGGAUAGGUGCGGUUGGAGUCGAAGAUGGUAAGCUAACUGCGGCCUGGGUGCUGAGCUCUAUAUCCUCGUUGAUGGUGGUUCAGAACAAAAUGGUUGACGUAGCAAGAAAAUAAAGUAAGGAGAAUGAAGAAAUGUCUGGAGGGGAAACGUUUUUGAAGAGGAAAGAGAGGAAAUUAGGGAAAGAGAAUGUGGAAAAUUGGAAUAAACAACAGGGAGCCAGGUGGCUGGGACCCUCUGUCAUGUUGUUCUGACUCCCCGUUCAGCUGCUAGUGUUGAGUGUUUGACUUCUCUCCAACAGAAGAUUAGCUUGGUGCCAUAAUCUUGCGGUCACUUUGAAAACCAGGAAGAUUUUCGACAAUGGCAGAUACUAGUCCUAGGACAGAUACCUCCACAGAUGUAGACACAGAUGACAAAGAUCAGAUGUUAGAACAAGGACAACUUGCUGUUGUUGCAGCAUCUGAUUCAAGUGACAGGUCGAAGGACAAAACACUGGACCAAAAAACACUUCGUCGACUUGCUCAGAACCGUGAAGCUGCCAGAAAGAGUAGAUUAAGGAAAAAGGCUUAUGUACAACAACUAGAGACUAGUAGACUGAAGCUUACUCAACUUGAGCAGGAGCUCCAAAGAGCUCGCCAGCAGGGAAUUUUCAUUUCUAGCUCAGGAGAUCAAACUCAUGCUAUGGGUGGAAAUGGGGCCUUGGCUUUUGACGUAGAAUAUGCACGAUGGCUUGAAGAACAUAACCGGCAGAUCAAUGAACUGAGGACUGCAGUGACUGCUCAUGCCAGUGAAAAUGAUCUCCGUGUUAUUGUUGAUGGCAUCAUGGCCCAUUACGAUGAAAAAUUUAAGCUUAAGGGUGUUGCUGCCAAGGCAGAUGUCUUUCAUAUAUUAUCAGGGAUGUGGAAGACACCAGCCGAGAGGUGUUUCUUAUGGCUGGGGGGUUUCCGCUCAUCUGAGCUUUUAAAGCUACUUGCAAGUCAGCUGGAGCCACUUACAGAGCAGCAAGUAAUGGGCAUUUGCAACCUGCAGCAGUCAUCACAACAGGCCGAGGAUGCUCUCUCUCAAGGGAUGGAGGCAUUACAGCAAUCCUUGGCAGAAACAUUGGCUGGAUCACUUGGUCCAUCUGGAUCCUCAGGAAAUGUUGCAAACUAUAUGGGUCAAAUGGCAAUGGCGAUGGGCAAACUUGGAACUCUCGAGAGUUUUCUUCGUCAGGCUGACAACCUACGACAACAAACACUGCAACAGAUGCACCGGAUAUUAACUACUCGUCAGUCUGCACGGGCACUUCUUGCCAUCAAUGAUUACUUCUCACGGCUUCGUGCCCUCAGCUCUCUUUGGCUUGCUCGGCCGCGGGAGUAAGCCAAAUUUGUUAUUUGUGCCUUACCUGAGCUCAUUUCUUCCUACUCUUAGAGCUGAUCGCAAAAAUAUCUAGCUUAUCGGUCAGAGUUACUACUAGCUCCAGUAUAUCAUGGCUGGCUGGAUGCUUGCAGUGUAGUUUUAGACACUCGGUGGAGCUAAAACUUAACUCAUGUACAGCAAGAAUAGCCCACCAUUCUCAUGCGAUGUACCAUUAACUUGUGCGAGAAAACCCACCUCAUGUUGUUGGCGUUCUGUAAGCUUGUAUUGUCUCAGUUAGAAAAAAAAUGAUUAUUGAAUAAUCACGCAGAAAUUUUACCUAA